CUCCAAGGGGACUCUCUGCCUGCUUUCCCUCCACGGCCGUCUCAUUUCCAUUCAGCUAACUUUUCAGCUUUUAACAACGGACAAUGGCCCAGCAACAACAGAUCAGCCUGCCAGCCAAACUGAUCAAUGGAGGAGUAGCAGGGAUGGUUGGAGUCACCUGUGUGUUUCCAAUAGACCUCGCUAAGACACGACUGCAAAAUCAGCGCAGCGGGCAGCAAAUCUAUAAGAACAUGAUGGACUGUCUGAUAAAAACAGUUAGAUCUGAGGGUUACUUUGGCAUGUACAGAGGUGCUGCUGUAAAUCUUACACUAGUGACCCCGGAGAAGGCCAUCAAACUUGCUGCCAAUGAUUUCUUCCGCCACCAGCUCAGCAAAGAUGGUAGCAAACUCACAGUGUUUAAGGAGAUGCUGGCUGGGUGCUGCGCAGGCAUGUGCCAAGUCACCAUCACAACACCAAUGGAGAUGCUCAAGAUCCAGAUGCAAGAUGCUGGCAGAAUUGCUGCCCAACAAAGGGUGAUGCCGAGUGUGGUAACAACUCUGAAAAUGGGUGGGACCAGCGCAGUUUUGUGCCGUUCGUAUAACACCAGCCCCGCGCCUGUGAUGAGACAAUCAGCCACACAGAUCACCAGAGAGCUGUUGAAGACCAAAGGAUUCACUGGACUGUACAAGGGACUUGGUGCUACUUUGAUGAGGGAUAUCCCAUUCUCUGUGGUAUAUUUUCCUCUGUUUGCUCACCUGCACCAGUUGGGUCAGUCCUCACCUGAAGGAUCUGUACCAUUUUACUGGUCGUUCAUGUCUGGCUGUCUGGCUGGAUGUGUGGCUGCUGUGACUGUCAGUCCUUGUGAUGUGAUUAAGACAAGGCUGCAAUCCCUCAAAAAGGGAGCUAAUGAAGAAACCUACAAUGGAAUAGUGGACUGUGCUAGGAAUAUCUUGAAAAAGGAGGGUCCUGGGGCGUUCCUCAAGGGAGCCAGCUGCCGGGCCCUGGUUAUUGCCCCUCUGUUUGGUAUUGCCCAAGUGGUGUACUUUGUGGGAGUUGGAGAGAUCCUGCUGGGUUACACCCCUCAAAGCAUUUACUCUUCAUAAACAAGCUGUUUUUGAUCAUUUUACCGACACAUUAAAUCAGGGGCAGCUUUGCCCUGGGUGUA